AUGGUUGACAUUCGCCCCUACCACGUUCUGAGCUACGGAACCCUGCUGGGUGUCCAGUUCUACCAGACCUUUGUCUCCGGCAUCGUGGCCUUCAGAGCCCUUCCCCGUCCUCAGUUCGCAUCCCUGCAGACGGCCACUUUCCCUAUUUACUUUUCCAUUCAGAGUGCCCUCCCUGUCCUGGUGGCUCUGACUGCUUCUCGCGAGGCCCAGCCUCUCGGUAUCUCUGGACUUCUUGCCUCUGAGAACCGUGGCACUUUGAUCCCCAUGGCUACUGCUGCGGUGACUGGACUGAUCAACAUGUUUAUACUUCGUCCGUUGACCGUCAACACCAUGAAGGAGCGGAAGCACCAGGAAACUCGCGACGGCAAGAGAAGCUACGACCCCGCUCCCCACUCCAAGGAGAUGGUGGCCCUGAACAAGAAAUUUGGUCGUGUUCACGGCCUGUCGAGCUUGACUAACUUGAUCUGCUUGGGCGCUACUAUCUACUACGGCGCGUCUCUGAGCAAGCGGCUGUCCUAG